AUGAUGGUGACUGAAAACUCACUUAUCAUAAUGCCAUCCUCAAUGCUACAACGGAUUCAGCAAGAGGAUCUUCAGAAGGCUGUUGAAAACACGUCACUUUUAUCGCCAUUUCUCUGUGCCUUCGUAGCUCAGGGGUUAGAGCACUGGUCUCGUAAACCAGGGGUCGAGAGUUCGAUUCUCUCCGAGGGCAUUGCACGCCGUCGUGGCCAGUGA